AUGGAUCCUGAGACAAAAUCGUUGUCAAAGGUAGAUGUAUUACUGGAUACAGGGGCUGAAAUCUCAUUUGUAGACUCCACGCUUGCUGCAAAACUUCAUUUGCCUGUGAUCGAAGAAAGAAGAAUUAAGCUGCACACCUUCGGUUCACAAGAUACCAAAGAACAGAGAUGCAAACUCGUCAGAAUGGAAGUAUGGGAUGAGGAAGGAACUCCUCAUUUACUUCAACUGUUAACUCACGACAUUUUGACUCGCGCAUUCAAGCCACCACAGAUACAUCAAGCCCUUUGUUCUUUUAGGAUGCGAUCACCUAUGGAACUUCAUGAGAAUUGA